GUCACAUCCAUCCUCUCCGGGUCUCCAUAACACACCUCCGCACCGAACACCGACCGUGAAUCGCCAUCAUCAAUCACCAUGAGGCUUUCCGCAGCUGUCAUCGCUCUCCUUUCCACGAGCGCCACCGCUCUUAGCGUUUUCCGCGAGAACAGCGUUUCCACCAACGGUGAACUCGAUGUUCCCGGAAAGUCGCCCUUGAGGUUCUGCGACGCUGCGGCCGAUCGCAAAGACGACAUCAUCAUCAUCGAGGAGGUCGUCUUGACACCAAACCCUCCUGAGGCCGGUCAGACCUUGACAAUCGAGGCGAGCGGUAUCGUCAAGGAGGCCAUCGAGGAGGGCGCAUACGUCAACUUGCAAGUCAAGUACGGCUACAUCCGCCUGAUCAACACCUCUGCCGACCUCUGCAAGGAGAUGAAGAACGUGGAGCUCGAUUGCCCCAUUGAGAAGGGCAGAAUCUCGAUUACCAAGAACGUUGACCUGCCCAAGGAGAUCCCACCUGGCAAGUACACUGUUGAGGCCGAUGUCUACAACAGCGACGAUAAGCACAUCACCUGCUUGACCGCUACCGUCAUCUUUCCUCGCAAGGGCCUUGGCUUCUUUGACGAUCUCUGAUCUGGUUAAAGAGGGAGCGGAUUUGACGAUUAAUAGCGGAUAUGGCAUGGUUUAAACAUUGGAUGAAGAAAGACUGCACAUGAUGGAUUAAUGAUUUAUUUUUGGCACCGAAUCGGACGAUGGCAUUUGCACGGCAGCAGCAUUUGUAUGGGUUUUGCUUUGGUAGUACUGGAGUUUCUUGCGUAUAGUAGUUUUCUGAGACUGUUUCUGCUUUGAAGCAUCCUUAGGCGUAAACAUUUUUGAGGCAACAUUCCCGUCGUUCUGCUUCUUUAUAGGUAUUCUGAGUUCCUUUGCAACAAAAAGAGUCCGCAUUGCGCGCCGCUGCUGUGAUGUCAUGGGCAUAUUGAUCUCGCUAUGCCCCCC